UGAAUUCUGGAAGAAUAUCCAAUGAAAAUGGUGUUAGGAAAAAUCCCCAAACUGGCUUUCUAAAUUUUCAUGUAUAUGGGUUUUACCCUACCUUAUCAUUCUUUUUUUGGGAAUUUGGGUAAGAUUUGAACAAUAACUAAAAGCCAUACUACAAAAUAAGGCAACUCUAACCACCAACUGCAAAUUCAAGAAUCGAAAAGGAGCCUAUUUUUCCUGUAAAAAUUCCCAAUGGAGCUGUUGUAAGAAGAAAGACCAAUAAGUUACUUCAUGUUGGAAUUCCUUAUAUGCAAUGCUUAAGUUUCCCUUGGGAGAGAAGUGUUAAACUUUGUGGUACUCAUGUAGUAGUUAUUCUUUCCUUCAAGUGUUUGAGCUGUCCUUGGGAGAAGGUAUUGGGAAAGUUCAAGCUAUUUCAAGGAAGAAACCGAGAAAUGGCUCAAGCUCUGGAGUAUUAUAAUGGGCAAAUUGAAGCUCUAAUGCGUGCAAUGUCUGUAGCAAAAAUCAUUCGAGAAGAUAAGAAUCCUUGUAUGAUUGAAGAGGGUCUCUAUUUAGGGUCCCUUGGAGCUGCCAACAAUAAAGUUGCACUCAAAAGCUUGAAUCUAACUCAUAUUUUGACGAUUGCUAGAGAUAUAAAUCCUCCUUAUCCAAAUGAGUUUGUCUACAAAGUGCUUUCUGUUCAUGACAGAGUUGAUGUAAAUAUUUCACAUUACUUUGAGGAAUGCUUCGACUUCAUUGAAGAAGCAAAAGGACAGGGUGGUGGUGUGCUGGUCCAUUGCUUUGCUGGAAAAUCCAGAAGUGCAACCAUAGUCAUCGCUUAUCUGAUGAAAAAGCAUGGUAUGAGUCACUCUGAAGCUUUUGAGCUUGUCAAGAGUAAAAGACCAGUCGUUUCUCCCAAUGCUGGUUUUAUGACACAGCUGGAAAACUAUGAUAAAACCCUUAAAGCCGUCAGACUUACCAAAACCACUGAAAGGGGAAAAAUUGAAGUGCAGCGGCAGUUUUCUAAAUUGUAUCAAGCAAAACAAUGCUGGGCUUGUUUCCACUUCAACAAGCACGAACUUUCCAGACAAUCAAAUAAACUCCCCAGUGAAACAACUGAUGCUUGUUACUUUUGUUCUGUGAAAUCAUUAACUCGAUCCAGUAACAACAAAUCUCCCAAGUCUAAGUGGAACUUGCUCCAUCAUUGUGCCUGGCAUCGCCCAAUGCAGUCCUAACCAUCUCAAAAUCUCACACCACAAGCAAGUCACCACUAAAUAAAAUCUGAAUACACCAAAUGUUAUUCUGUGAUAAAAGAGCACGCAGCGCCAUCUUGUUGAUUGUUUCAAACAGUAAGCAUUGUUCAUCCAAAAUGGGUGACCUGAAAUAAUUAUUCAUUUAGCUUUAUAUUUGGAGAAGACGGACGUGAGACUGUUCACCAAUUUUGGUUGAAGUGUCUUGUUUUGAUGCAUGUUUUUAGAUAGGAUCAGUUAUUAUAUGUUAUGUCAAAAAAGUAUUUGUUUUGACGUCAAACUCUUUAACAUUAACUAUUCAUUCCAAACAAUAGUAUCACAAACUUUUGUUGCCCCAUUUUUCUUUUUAAA